GUCUCCUUGCUUCUAGACGGAGGAACGGACGUUAACGCAAGGUCAGACAAUGGAUGGACAGCUCUAAGUCGAGUUACCCAUGACCUGGACUCAAAUACUGCUCGGAUGCUCAUUGAGCGUGGUGCAGACGUCAAUACGUCCACACUGGAUUCAUUGACGCCACUGCAUAGAGCUGCAAAGACACCUUCGCUGUAUACUUUGCAAAGCCUCCUCUCCCAUUCUGCCAACCCCAAUGCAGUCUCUGCGGAUGGAGAGACUCCACUGAGCCUG